AGCGCCUGUGGGUGGCAGCAGUGCGCAGAAUCAGCUGAACGUGACGUCAGGCGAAGAAGAAUCUCCCUGUUUACAGCUGUGUUUAAAUUAUGUUAGCAUCAGUUUCGACAGUGUGAUUUAAGACAUGAUUUCUGAUUUAAACUUUCAUUCUGAAACACCGACAUGAGCGACACGAUGGAGAGCCGAGAGCAGCGCACUCUUCUGUCCGAGCGCGAGCCUUCAGCCGAAACCAAGAGAGCUGGACUCAGUGAGCAGCCUCAGGCAGCAGGAGAGAGGAUCACAGCAGUGGAGAAGAGAGGGCCGUACCUCAUGACCAAAGCUCAUGCCUUCAACAGCAAGCUCCAGAAACAGCGGGAAACGGCCAGAAGAGCUCUGCAGAAGAGAGGCUUGAGUCCGGCGGGACCUGUGCUUCAUCAGCCCCGACACAAACCAAAGACUGUGAAGUUCAAUAAGGGAUACGCUGCCUUGAGUCAGACGGGAGAAGAUUCGCUCAUCUCACUGGAUUCAGACAGUGAUGCGGAGCUGGAUUGUUCAUCUGGAUAUUCCUCAGCGGAGAUUCAUCCAGACCUGAGCCGGCAGCUGCUGAAGGACGGAUAUCACCUGGAUGAGAUACCUGAUGAUGAAGAUCUGGACCUGAUUCCCCCUAAAGCCUUGAGCUCCUCCGUCUGCUGCUGCUCGGAGGCGUCAUCCUGCUGUGUGCAGUGAUCCAACCACAACACCAGAGACGGACACGACGUCCAUUAGUGACCAUCAGAGGUCUGUGUGUGUGUGAGUGCAUCAGAAACACCCUGUGUGUGUUCCUACAAGAGUCAUUUAGUUUGUGAUCGUUUAAGUUCAUUUUGUAGGCAACACACGUCCAAUUCUGACCUGCAUGCAAGUGUGAUUUACUGUCCGUAUCCCAUGAAACCACUCAAGAACGCUUCACAUCCGUGUCGUAAAUCACCCAAAAUAAUAAUAAAAAUAAGUAGUUAUAUUUAGAAAUGAAGCAUAGCACUAUUACCACACCAGUAGUGACAUGAUUUGCACUGUUACAUUAUUUUCUUUCUUCUUUCUUAAGUUUAUCGGUAACUCUUUACAAUAAAGUCUCAUUUGUUAACAUUAGUUAAUGCAUUAACUAACAAUAACCUUUGUUAAUGGUAAUGUAAACCGAUUAACAUUAAACAAUUAAACUUUAUUAAGCAUUACCAGUUUAUUUACCCCAGAUUCUCAUUAACGUAAAGCCAAAGAUCUCAUUCUCAUCGCUGUAAUCAUGUAAUAAAAUAAUAUUUAAAUGAACAGUUAUUUAUACAUCAUGGUAGUAUUUGUUAUGCUUUAAAAACCUUUUGCAAAAGCGGAUUACAGUAACGAAACUUACCGUUGGAGCCUGUUAUUCUCAUUGUCUUUAGUUACAACAUAAAUAUGUAGUUUAUUUUUGGGGUGAAAUAUGGUUUGAAUGAGAUUCGUGUGUGUUUGACGUGUGUCCUGAAGCACUGACCAUGACGCGUGUUUUUAUCUUUAUUGUCUGAGUUUUUUGUCAUAUAAUCAUCAUUUCGCUCAAGACAGCAGCUCUGAUGGUUUCAAAAAGGAACUGAAGACUAAAGUGGGAUCUGAAAGAGACGAAAUUACCCAUGAUUCUCCAGUGCAGUGUUUGGGGAAGCGCAGUGUUACUGAUGUUGAGAAAGCUGACACUACUUUACAUACUGUUGAGUCAAGUGUGUGUUGUGUCAUGUAAAUGUUUUACUCUGCUCUUUUGAAAAGUGUUUAUUAAACUUUUUUUUACAUUUU